UCUAACAUUUCCAGCUCUAUUCAUUCCUCAAAAUGGUUAUGGUGGGCUGAGAAACGAGAAGGAAUUAGAAGCAGCAGGGGAGUCGCACAGAGGCAGAGACGCAGGGAAGAAAGGGAAGGGAUGGGGUCUCCGUUCAAGGCAGAAAUUUUGAGAGGGAAGGUGGGUUUGAUCACUGGCGGAGGAUCCGGAAUCGGGUUCGAGUUGUCCACGCAGUUCGGCAAACACGGCGCCUCCGUCGCGAUCAUGGGCCGGCGGAAGUCCGUGCUCGACGCCGCCGUCUCCAGCCUCCGUUCCCUCGGAAUUCAGGCUGUGGGGUUUGAAGGGGAUGUUCGGAAGCCGGAAGAUGCAAGAAGAGUGGUGGAAUCAACUUUCCAACAUUUCGGCAGGAUUGACAUUCUUGUAAACGCUGCGGCUGGCAAUUUCCUUGCCUCGCCCGAGGACUUAUCCCCUAAUGGUUUUCGAACAGUUAUAAAUAUUGAUGCUGUGGGAACUUUUACAAUGUGCCAUGCUGCGCUCAAGUAUCUGAUGAAAGGAGGGCUUGGGCGAGGUUCAUCUGAAGGUGGUGGAUCAAUUAUAAAUAUAAGUGCUACUUUGCACUACACAGCAGCUUGGUAUCAAAUCCAUGUAUCUGCAGCCAAGGCAGCAGUGGAUGCCCUUGCCAGAAACUUGGCACUCGAGUGGGGCACAGAUUACGAUAUCAGAGUGAAUGGAAUAGCUCCAGGGCCCAUUGGCGACACUCCUGGGAUUAGCAAACUUGCACCAGAUGAGAUCAACGGCAAGGCACGAGACUAUAUGCCCUUGUAUAAGCUUGGGGAGAAAUGGGAUAUUGCAAUGGCUGCUCUCUACCUUGUUUCUGAUGCUGGGAAAUACGUGAAUGGAACAACGAUUCCAGUGGAUGGUGGACUAUGGCUGAGCAAGCCUCGCCAUCUACAAAAAGAUGCAGUGAGGCAGCUCUCUCGGGCUGUGGAGAAGCGUUCUAGAGAUAAACCUGUUGGUGUUCCUUCCAGCAAGCUUUAAGAUUCUAAUUUGUACCAAGAGGUAGUGUUAACGUGUACACACUACACACUCAAAUGUAUUGCAAUCCAAUUUAAGCUGUUGGUUUUCACAUUCCAAAGCAGCAUUCUCAAGACAUAAUACAAUCCUGCCAGUUUAUCUGCUAGAAAUAAACUGUAAGACUAGUU